AAGAUAAGUAUCUUUACAUAUUCCAUCUAACAACUCCAACUAUAUACUGAUUGUUACAUACCAUGUAUUAAUUCCAUUCUUCACAAAAUGACAUAUAUUAUAUACCUUUCAUUAUCUCACAUUAAACAUCGAGACGACAGCUUCAUCUAUUAUUUAUAUGCCUAGAAGUUACUUUAACUUCAUUCAACUAGCUCACUAACAUGGGAAAAAUCAUGGAGUCGGAAGCUGAGCAGCCUUUGUUGGCUUCUCAUGGAGCUAGCUCUGAGCUCGAGGAGGUGCUCUCAGAUUCCCAAUUACCUUACUUUCAACGAAUUAGGUCCGCCUUUUGGAUAGAAUUCCAGUUGCUUUUUGUACUUGCAGCCCCUGCAGUGUCUGUGUACAUGAUCAAUAAUGUUAUGUCCAUGUCUACUCGAAUCUUUUCGGGACAACUUGGGAACCUUCAGCUUGCUGCAGCUUCUCUUGGCAAUCAAGGCAUCCAAUUAUGUGCUUAUGGACUUAUGCUAGGUAUGGGAAGUGCAGUGGAAACUCUUUGUGGACAAGCAUAUGGAGCUAAUAGAUAUGAAGUGUUAGGAGUCUACCUACAAAGAUCAACAAUAGUACUUUCCUUAACAGGCAUCCCACUAGCUGUGGUAUAUUUAUUUUCCAAGAACAUACUGCUCACGCUUGGUGAAUCGAAACUAGUUGCAUCAGAAGCAGCAGUAUUUGUGUAUGGACUAAUCCCUCAAAUAUUCGCUUACGCGGUGAACUUCCCAAUACAGAAGUUCUUGCAAUCUCAAAGUAUUGUAGCCCCUAGUGCCUUUAUUUCCCUAGGGACUCUGUUUGUACACUUAUUGCUCAGUUGGAUUGUCGUAUACAAAAUUGGACUGGGAUUGAUAGGGGCAUCACUGGUGCUGAGUCUUUCUUGGUGGAUUAUUGUUGUGGCUCAGUUUAUAUACAUAUUGAGAAGUGAAAGGUGUAAGACUACUUGGACAGGUUUUCGAUGGGAGGCCUUUAGUGGAUUAUGGGAAUUCGUGAAGUUAUCGGCUGCUUCAGCUGUUAUGUUGUGUUUGGAGACAUGGUAUUUUCAGAUUCUGGUGUUGCUUUCAGGGUUGCUUAAGAAUCCUGAGCUUGCAUUGGAUUCUAUCUCAGUUUGCAUGGCAGUGAAUGGGCUGAUGUUCAUGGUUUCAGUGGGGUUCAAUGCUGCUGCUAGUGUGAGAGUGAGCAAUGAGCUAGGAGCAGCACAUCCAAAGUCAGCAGCAUUCUCAGUGUUUGUGGUGACAUUCAUUUCAUUUCUCAUAGCUGUGGUGGAAGCUAUAAUUGUGCUCUGUUUGCGCAAUGUUAUCAGCUAUGCAUUCACUGAGGGUGAAACUGUAGCCAACGCAGUUUCUGAUUUGUGCCCUUUUUUAGCUGUCACACUCAUUCUCAAUGGUGUUCAACCAGUCUUAUCUGGUGUUGCUGUUGGUUGUGGAUGGCAGGCAUUUGUUGCAUACGUGAACGUAGGGUGUUAUUAUGGUGUAGGAAUUCCAUUGGGAUGUAUUCUUGGCUUCAAAUAUGACCUUGGUGCUAAGGGAAUAUGGACUGGGAUGAUUGGAGGGACUGUUAUGCAAACCUUCAUUCUGCUUUGGUUCACAUUCCGUACAGAUUGGGAUAAAGAGGUAGAGAAGGCUAGAAAACGUUUGGACAAAUGGGAAAAUAUAAAAGAACCUCUAAACAAGGAGUUCGAAGAGUAAAAGGGGGACAUGAAAUUCCAAGUAAUCCUUGCCCGGCAAAGAAGUUAUGAAAAGUUCACAUCAAGGGUUUUCUGGCAUAUCUACCUUAAGAGAGUCGAAAUCCAUUAUAAAAUACCUUACCAUUUCAGAAUUUCGAAAAAAAAAGAUAAAAAUAAUUUCAGAUAUUAUGUGAUUUAUUAGUAUUCUAUCUUAGUUGGUAUCCAAAAUAUUCUAUGAUGGUUGCAUAAACAACAAAAAAAAACGGUUUGAAGUUUACUUUCAAAUAAUUAAUCAUAUCACAUCUGUAAAAACCAUCGUUUGUAUCUGCGCGAUUCUUGAUUGAUUGUGUUAUAAAGAGGGUGAUUUCAACUUCAAUUCUGCAAUUACG